GUUCACAUUUCAGUUUUCACAACCUCAUCCCAUUCUCUGUCUUCUACGUUGUUUCUCUCUCUAACACAAACACACUGAUAGAUAUGGCGGUGCAACAGUGGGAGACCCUAAAGGAGGCCAUCGUGGCCUACACCGGCCUAUCUCCGGCCACCUUCUUCACAGCCUUAGCACUUGUCUUCGCUAUUUACUACGUCGUCUCUGGUCUCUUCGGUUCCUCCCCCGACCACAACCGCCACCAGCACCGCCACAUCGAAGAGGAGGAGCUGCCGCCUCUACGCCCGCCGGUUCAGCUCGGAGAGAUCACCGAGGAGGAGCUCAAGGCCUACGACGGCUCCGAUCCUGCCAAGCCCUUGCUCAUGGCCAUCAAGGCUCAGAUCUAUGAUGUGUCUCAGAGCAGGAUGUUUUAUGGACCCGGUGGACCUUAUGCUUUAUUUGCUGGCAAGGAUGCUAGCAGAGCUUUAGCAAAGAUGUCUUUUGAAGAGAAAGAUCUCACUGGGGAUAUUUCUGGUCUUGGCCCAUUUGAGCUCGAGGCCUUACAGGACUGGGAAUACAAAUUUUCAGAGAAGUAUGUAAAAGUUGGAACUGUCAAAUCAAAUGUUCCGGUGUCUGAAACAGAAUCAACUGGCGAACCAUCAGAGUCUACUCCCCGUGAUGUUGAUGCUGCUAAGCCUGCUGAAAAUGGCCCAUCAGAAACUGCUGCCGUUAAAAGCGAUGAAAAUGUUGAUGUCAAUAAAGAUUAAUUUGUUGGCUGUCUCAUAAAUACUGUUGGGGAAAAAAUGAAGAAGAUUAAUAGCUGCUGAAAACACUAAGCCAAUGUCAGGGCAGGUUUCUUACUUUGUAGUGUGAUUUUCAUUUAUCUAGGUUUCACUUUUCUACCUAUGUUUUGAGUACACUAUAGAAUGAUUGUCCUUUUUUUCCUUGCCGUGUUCGUAAUACGGUGGUGGUCCCUCUCAAUAAAUGACUUUUCUGGGAUUC